AUGACCCACUACGAGCACGACUACGGAGGUUCUCGAGACGAAGACGCAAAUGGCAGGCACUCUGGAUCGAAGUCGUCUGGAGCCGGCGCGGAUGAGGGAUGCGCGUACGAGAUUGUGAAGAGUGCGCCAAAGCCGAAGAUGCGCGAGUAUGCGAAGAAAGUUUUGAAGAAGUUCGAUGGAGAGUCCUCAGAUAGCAGCGACGACCGAGGCAAGAAGGAUAAGAAGGGAAAGAAGAAGGGGUCAAAGCACAAAAAACGGAAGAGCAGCAGUAGUGACGACAGCAGCGAUUCAAGCGAGAGCGAAGACAGCGAGACAGAAGGCGUGCCUUUCUUCAUGAUGGACGCAACCAUUCGGUCGGCGUUCGAAGAGCGGAGGAGGAAGAUAAAGGAGGCUCGCAAACAGGCGAAGAAGGAGAAGAAGAAGGAAAAACGGAGGCUCAAGCGAGAGAAGCGUCGGGCGGAGAAGGAGAAACGGAAAGAGGAGAAAAAGAGAAAGAAGGAACAAAAACGGAAACAGAAAGAAGAGUCUUCUGACGAGACGCAAGACGAGCAAGUGACUGUGAACCUCGUGGAAAAAGAAGUUUCCGUACCGUGGGAUACAGACCAACCGAACAACGCUUUGGUGCCUCGGGAGAAGGUCUAG